AUGCCAAAAGAGAUUCCUCUAUCGACGGUUUCGUAUUUUAUCUGCGGUAUGGUUGAAUAUUUCAUGGAAAAUGCAGAUGACACGGAGGAAAGGCUCAAGGAGAUUGGGUAUGAAGUCGGAAUAAGAAUGCUCGAAGUGUACAGAUUUGAAAGAGAGGUUCACAUUCCAACUCUUCUGUAUCGAGUUGCAUUUGAUUUACUUCCACACGUCAACAAUAGCGAUAGGAGGAUAGAGAAAAGCAAUACGACUGAUGGGACAUAUAUAAUAAUGGACAUGGACGGCAUCUUUUCAAGAUUCAUGUCUGUGCCGCAGAGCUGGGAUGCUUUUUGUGCAGACUCGGUGGUUUGUGGACUUUUAGAAGCAGCAUUUACAGCAUCUGGGCACCAAGCAGAUGUUGUUGUGUUUCCACGGCCUACUGAAAAAUAUCCAAACAGAGUUGUGUUCCAGAUAAGCUGUUUGAAAUAG